AUGAAACGGCUUCUCGCCCACCAGCAAGUCGAACACGCGUGUGCUGGACUUGAAGUUGUGAACAUCGACAUCGCUGUCGAUCGCUUCACGAAUCGUAGCCCUGGUUACUGUUUCGUUGACCUCGCCACUCCUGAAGAGGCCACCAAAGCUCUUGAAGUCCUCCCUGGCACCACGGUCCUCAACCGCCCCAUACAUGUCAAGCCUUGCGUGCAGAAAAACAGCGAUCAAAAGACAGCCACGCAGCUACAGCUCACACGCUGGGGAACUUCUACUUUCUCUCCAGUCGAGCAAGACCCGGAAUCCCUGCUUCUACCAAUCCACAGACGGCGCCGCCUUAUCGUGAGCGGCAUGCCCAAGCCGGCCAACCAACAUACUUCUGAUGCUGAGCUUCGCGAAUUGUUCAGAGGAUUUGCCGUUGAAGCAGUUUCAAAGGUGAAAUGGCCACGAGAAAAUGUGCACGGAACCAGCAAAGAUAUACAGUACGCUUUUGUUGACCUGGAAAGUGCGGAGGAAGCAGAGCGAGCUAUGCAGCAGCUGAAUGGUGCGGAGUGUUGGGGAGGCAAGGUGCGCAUAGGAGUCGCUCAGCAAGCCCACGACAAAAUCCUGGAGAGGGAACAUUGGAGGGGAGUAACAACAAUGAGUUAG